AUGGUCGCCCAUGCCCUGCGCCGCCGGAAACUGACGUCGGGGAAGUUCCUUUGUGGCUUCCACGAGCGCCAUCUCGCGAAGAAGAGGGGCGCCGCGGCCCUGGAAGGACCUCCAGCGCUGAGCCUCAUGGCGCCCCUCUCCGCCCCGCCUGCCAAGAAGCUCCUGGAGGAGAUGCGCGCGGCGGUGCAGCUGGAGACGAAGAGCCAGCUGCUGAGCAAGCUGCACGCGGCUCCAAAGAGCUGCAAGCUCCAAUUUGUCUACGAUGGCGGUUUGGAGAUCUUGGAGAAGUGGAUUCGGCAAGAUCCACCGCUACAGAAAGCGAGCCUCUCCGUGCUGAAGGAUCUGCCCGUGACAGCAGCCGACCUGAAGAAGGCGAGGCUGCGAGAAGCCCUGGAAACCCUUGGUAGAGAAGGGGAUGACGAAGAACCCGACGAGCUCCUGGCGCAAUGGCAGGCUCAAGGUCUCUUCUCGGUGCCAGCCAGAUCCGUGGCGCCCCCGAACCCGGCGGGCCCGGUCCCUGACGAGAUCGGCUCGAUCGACCCCGAGCUGCGGCAGCUGCAUCCGCGCAUCGCCGAGUUCCUGGCCAGCCGACCCGUGCUGCUGAAGUUCCUCAAGGCCCAGCCUGGCGCGUUCCUGAAGAACCUGAGCUCGCGCUCCGUGGCGCUGCUGGUGCGCCUGCAGAAAGCGAGGCUCGGGCUCGGAGCCGCUCCCGCCGCCGCCUCUUCGGAGGCGGCGAAAGCGAAUCGAGCGAAUCGAACGGUGCAGGUCACUGGCCUGGGUGAAGAUGCCGAAGACGAUGUGGAGUGGCUCCUUCAGAAGCUGCGGGAAGUGGGGCUUCAGGAGUGCAAGCAGACUGGAGUGGAGCUUCCACGGGAGAGCCACUACUCCCAGCCAUGCUGGGCUCCGAAAAGGAAGCGCUCCUUGCCGCCGGCUGCCUCGACGACCGGUGCCGGGCUUCAGAAGGCCAAGGGGCGCUCUCUUCCCAGCGAUUCCAAGCUGAGGUGGUGGGCUCCUUGCUGCGAUGGAGGGCUCAGAGGUUAG